UACGGUCAUGAUUUUCUGAAUGGGCGAUAAAAAGUUGGCUUGAGUUUGGUUUAAUUAAUGAUUAAAAAAUAAAUUUGCGGACUUUGUUCAAGUUAAAGGAAAAACUAUGGAAGUGAAUUCUACGACGGAUCCCAUGCGGGUAGCAUUAAAAACGCUUAUACAGCAUUCAAAUGCAACUUUUACUGCUGAUGAUGUACUACGGGAAUUUCGUACAACAAAAGAGAAACGUUCCAAUCGGAAAUUGUUGAAAAUUUUGGAAAUAAUUUCAAAGAACCAAGCAAAAUCCGCAGAGCAUUUGGUGGAAGCGGCAAAGUUAUUAGAGAAAAAAGACCCGUUCUAUUGCUUGUUAAAUUUUCUAAACCAUUACUCGGACACAAAUAUAAUGCAGUCCAUACGAAAAAAAGAUAUAUCAACUUCAACACCAUUGAUAAAUAAAAAAAUGUUUGAAACAGUUACCCCAGAUUGCGUAUCAGAGAUUAAGGAACGUGUAGUUCAAGCAGCUACUGGGUGUGUAACGAAACCAGUGCAGAAUAGUUCAUUAAAUAAUGUCACCGGCGGACACUCUCCAACUACUCCACUAUUUCCGCCAUGCAACAAGCAACAUGCUGAAGUGCCUUGGGAUUACCGCGCACUUGAUAAUCUACAGUUUCCACAAAAUAAUAUUCUCGCUAUUCCAAUUAACAGUCAGGAAACGCUGCUUCUCUACGAUCUGAUAUACUGUUUAACAGGUAUGCGCGGAUCGUAUAUCACUCCAAUUGAAUGUAUGACCAGUGGCCGAAAUCCCUGUAUUAAAUUUAUGAUAUCUGAGCAAAUACAUAAUUCAUUAAGAGACAUCGCUCAGGAGAUGCUACCAUUAGCCUCAUACUAUACAUGUAUAGAACAGUUUAUUCAAAAUGCAAGCUUGACAGAAUGUGGUCAAGUGCUACAAGCUUUUAGUGAGGCAUUAAGCAGUUUAAUACACGAUUAUUAUUUGCUUUUGGCCCAAUUGGAAGCAGAGUUGAAUGCUGGAAAUUUAACAGUACACAAAAUGCUGUUUUAUGUUCGACCCACUUUAAAUACAAUGGAAGUUUUGGCCGGUGUGGUGUCCGAUAUUCUAGAGAACGAGUUACGAGGUGGUCAGGCGCUGACGCUUCUUUUUAAUAAAAUCAGUGCUUUAACUGGUGAUGAAGAAUCGCAAAAGUUCGUCAUUCAAUUAACACAAUUAGCGGCAGUACCGUAUAUGGAAAUUUUGCAACUGUGGGUCCAAAAAGGAGUAAUUUGCGAUCCACAGCAGGAGUUCUUGGUGGAAGACAAUGAAGUCAUUCGUCGGGAGGAAUUACCCGAACAUUAUUCGGCCGAUUAUUGGGAAAAACGAUACACAAUACGCCGUGAACGCAUACCAUGUUUUCUAGAAAAAGUGUCGGAUAUAAUUUUGCGUACGGGUAAAUACUUGAAUGUUAUCCGUCAGUGUGGCAAGAAAGUGACUCCUCCGCAGUUGAUGAAUCUGCAGUUUUCACCUACAAAUCAAAAUCACAUCACCGUCAUUCAAAACGCAUACCGUUUCGCUUCAAAGAAUCUCUUAGAAGUGCUGCUUAAGGAAAACGAUUUAAUGGGGCACCUAAUGUCCGUCAAGCGCUAUUUGUUGUUGCAUCAGGGCGAUUUCAUAACACAGUUUAUGGAUGCAUGCGAAGAUGAACUAGCAAAGAACGUAGAUAAGGUGUUGCCAAUGACAUUGGAGAACUUGCUGGGGCUCACAUUGCGUUUAUCUUCUGCUAAACACGAUCCAUACAAAGACGAUGUGCACUGUGAAUUGCUAACAUAUGAUCUAGUUACGCAAAUGUCGAAAAUUAUGAAUAAUGAAGAAGAAUAUUGGCUAUCCCAUGACCGACUGGAUCUUAAUGGUUUGGAGUGCUUUGCUUUUAGAUACGAAGUGAAGUGGCCGGUCUCGCUGGUUUUGAAUCAUAUAGCGAUUUCAAAAUAUCAGAUGCUCUUCAGACAGUUAUUCUAUUGCAAACACGUUGAGCGUCAGUUGUGCAAAAUAUGGAAGGAGAACUCAAUCGCCAAAAAAUUUUCGCCUCAGGCAGCGGAGCUUUACCGUUCCGCGUUUACCUUACGCCAGCGCAUGAUGAAUGCUGUUCAAAAUCUUGAGUAUUACAUGAUGAUUGAAGUGAUCGAACCGAAUUGGCACAUCUUCAUACAAAAUAUGAAUAAGGUUGAAAACGUCGAUGAGGUGCUUUCAUUUCACCAGGACUUUCUUGACUCCUGCUUGAAGAAUUGCAUGCUGACCGACACAACCCUACUUAAUCGCUCCAUCUUCAAACUGUGCAACAUUUGCUUAAAGUUCUGUGAAUUUAUACAGAAAUCCCAACGUUUCUUUCUUGAUGCUGAGCUUAAGUCUAUGGUCUGCGACAGCAACGACGAGGAAAAUUCUGAUUCGGAUGUUGAUAUCUCGAGUCAGAAGCAGUCCGAGUCAUCGUUGGCACCGAACGAUACUUUCUCGGAACGCGUCAAGCGCUUUGAUCUGGAAUUUACUGGCUUGCUUAUUGGACUGCUAAAGCAAAUCAAUGAUGUGGCUUCGGACAAUCCCUCGGAUCGGUUUAUAAAUCUUGUGCAUCGUAUUAAUUUUAACUCGUUUUACAAUCAACAAAUGGAUAAAUUGUGUGCUAAGGAUUCGAUGAUGUAAUACCAAGUGUCGUCGUUGAAGUCUUUUGACGCUGUUUACUCACUUCUAAAAGUCUCCUCCGCUUGUUGUUUGAAAACAUAGCUUAUGUUUGUAUGGCUUUGUUUAAUACUUCGAAAUAAACACCUUUGUUUGAUUGUUAACUAAAUAUCAUUUAAAUUUGUAUUCGCAAUAAAGCAAAAUAAAUACUCAUUCGUUAAGAAA